AUGGAAAACGAUAAACUCAUCGAAUCCGAAAACAUGGAACUGUUAAGUUUUAAACAUCCUUUACAAAAUACGUGGAGUUUUUGGAUGUAUACGAAUACGAGCAAAGAUUGGAGUGAGAACCUUGUGGAGUUGACAACGUUUGACACGGUAGAAGAUUAUUGGAGUAUAUAUCAUCAUACCAAAACACCGUCCGAGUUACCGAUAGGACAAGGCUACGCGGUGUUCAAAAAGGGCAUUCGGCCGAUGUGGGAGGAUCCCGCCAACGAGCAGGGCGGCCGCUGGCUGCUGACUCUUGACAGAAAGCGCGCCGCAGACCUCGACAAUAUCUGGUUAUAUGUGGUUCUGAUACUUAUCGGCGAAAACUUACCACACGAAGAGGAAAUCUGUGGCGUUGUGGUUAAUAUACGAGCCAAAUGUAAAGUGGGUGUUUGGAUGACGAACUUAAAACAUGAAGCUGCCAACUUAGAGAUUGGCCGUAAGUUAAAAGAGCAGUUGCCGACGAAGUUAAGGCUCGGUCUACACUCGCAUAACACUAACCAGAACAUUCAUUCCUUGUAGAACUGUUAACGUUACGUGUCACAAUU